UUGUUUCAAGAUUUAUUUGAAGAAUAUAAUUAUGAUUCCAGACCAGUGCAGAAUGCCAGCCAAACUGUUCAUAUAGAUUUUGGUAUAGCUUUAAACCAAAUAUUGGACUUGGAAGAAAAACACCAAGUUUUAAGUACAGCUGUUUGGAUCUAUGAGACAUGGUAUGCUGAGAAUUUGAUGUGGGAUCCUAGUAAAUAUAAUAAUUUAGAUACAUUAAUCAUACCUUCUACUAAAAUAUGGUUACCUGAUUUAUUUCUCUUUAAUACCGCCGGUGAAAAUCUGGACGGCUUUGUAAAUGUAACCGGAAGUAAAGUAAUGAUACAUUAUGAUGGUUUAGUUAGAUGGAUGAUACCUAUAAUGCUGAAAAGCUCUUGUAGUGUUGACGUUACAUACUUUCCUUACGAUUAUCAGAAAUGUGAGCUGCGGUUCGGGUCGUGGAUUUACGACAUCACUCAAGUCGACAUGCACCUGAAGGAAUCUCAAGUUGAUAUCAGUGACUAUAUAGUCAAUAGUGAAUAUGACCUGAUCAAUGCCAGUGUAACAAGGAAACUAGUGGAUGCGUCUUGUUGUCCCGGGGGUGGUACUCAUACCAUGAUUAGUAUAUUCAUACAUGUCAAAAGAAAGUCUCUAUAUUAUGACUAUAUAGUCAUAGCACCAACUAUUAUGUUAUGCUUUAUGACAUUAUUUACUUUCCUCUUACCGUGUCAUAAAGGCGAGAAGAUAGCCAUUGGUUUAACAGUAUUUUUAACAUUAUAUGUUGUACAGUUGUUUAUUGCUGAAAAUGUUCCUGAUACCAACUCAACUCCAAUCUUAGGUACGUACUUUUAUACGAAUAAUAUUGACUACCCUUAUUGA